UAAAAAAUAAAAUUGAUGUAAAAUAAUGAUAUUGACGAUGGAAAUCGAUACUGGUCAAGAUAUCUGUUCAGAUCACCAGGUUGAACAUUUAAGGAACAAUUUGGUCGACCAGGACAUCAACAAUGGUUGUGGAAGUGAAGAAAAUGGUUUAGGAAAUGAAGAACACGUCGAAGCCAUCCUAGAACGCGAUAUAUCACGCCUAGAACAAGAUAUAACAAACCUAGAAUACGGAAUUCUGAACCAUACGACACCAACCCAAAGUGAUAUUACAAAUCUAGAACAAACUCAAGAACCAAAUCAACAAUUAGCCAUAUGCGAAAGUGAUAUAACACAUUCCGAAAUAGAUAUAAAUAAAUUAGACCUAGACGAUAUAACAAGUGAUAUAAAUAAAUUAGAAACCAACGCUGCACAUUCCCAAAGUGUUCAAGAUGAUGAUAGUAGUUUAGAUGUAACUUCUAGUAUGAUAGAUCAUGAUGUAACAAUUGGAUUAGACUAUAAUGGACAUGGUUUGAUUGAGCAAGUUGAUAUAACAAGUUCUAAUACCGAUUUAACCACAUUAGAUCGUGAUAGGACACCUGGUGCUGAUGAUUUGGAUGUUGCAAUGUGUGCUUCAAGUACUAUUAUAUCUUCAAUACAAAAUGCAUCAAGUUUAGGACCAGAUAUAACAUGUUCUAAUGGUGAUAUAACGAAUGGUGAAGGAGAUAGUCAAGAUAUGGUUACUGAAAGCCACUUGGAUCCUAAACCAGGUCAACCUGCAGUUUGUGAACCAGAUGUAUCAACAUGCCCUUCUACUAGUGGUGUCAACAAUAAUAAUUGCGACGAAGUAGACAGCAUUUUCAGUGCAAAUUUAAAUUUGACAAAUAUUUCGGAGCAGGAUUUAUUCAAAGAACGAAUUUAUAGAAGUUUGUGCGUCAGCAAAUCCGUUAACGACAUGGGAGUGCUUUACAGGAAAGGAGAAUUUGAAGCCCAAGGAUCCAUGCUACCACCAGUGCCCUCAUUUUCGUCGCCUCAAAAUGGCGUCCAAUGUCAAAAUGGCGCCCGGAGAAAGACCCCACCUGCAAAGGAAAGUGGUUCUAUAAAAAAAAGUAAACAGAAAUUAACCAACUUAGUUGCCAACGACAUCGAUGGUGAAUUUGCCGAAUUGGCAACUGACGAGACACCAAAUAAUUCCUCGCCAGUGACGUACUCGCCUUUAUGGACAGGGGUGGACGCGAGUUCGGAUAACUCACCUAUGUCAACGCCGGUAAAUAAUUCGAGUGCUCCUCCUCUGCCGCCAAAAUCGAGGAAUCAUAGGCCUUUACAAAGAGUUCCUAAUUCGAAAAGUGCUGUGGUGCCGCCCAAAGUUGAAAGGGCAGAAAACCGCACGCCACUGGUGUAAUUCUGGAAAUAUG